CCCCCGAUCGGUGAGCAAUCCGGAGAAAAACAAUCGAUCGUGUUGGAAAAGAAGAAAGAGAGCGAGAACAGAAAGAGCCGGCUGUCGGCUUCAGUCUUCCCGCCCUCGUCCUCUCGAACACCCCUUGAUUUUUUGUGUCGCGUGUGCUACAGUUGAACAAACUACAAUACUACAAUCCUACAAACUACAGUGGCACAUACGCCAUACAGGCCAGGUGUCUUGGUCGAUUCUUCUUGUUUUUAGUUACCCCCUCGGUUUUUGUUUUGCUGCAUUUACUCGCAUUCCCCUUCGCGUCGGGUAGUCCCUUAAAAAUAAAAACAAAAAUCAAAAACAGCUGGUAACCCAAAAUUUGCCAAAUGCCCCUCAUUCGAAUCAUCGGAAUCGUGUAGUUGCCUGGAAUCCAGCAUAAAACCAAGUUUACCUUCUGAAACUUACCGCCAAAGUUGCAAAAUGUCCGCAAUUAACAGUCGAAAUCAGAAAAUGGAACAACAGCGCCAGCUGAUGGAGGCCUAUAUCCGGCAGAAGAGGGCCUCUCCAGGAAUGGUGCAGGCCAGUGAUCUGCAGAUCAACCGGCCGAUGUCCGGAAUGCGGAGCAACAGUCGGGAACUGCACGCCUACGAUGGCCCCAUGCAGUUCAUCAGCUCACCCCAGAAUCCUGACCAGAUACUCACCAACGGCAGUCCCGGUGGCAUCGCUCCAGUGGCCAUCAACACCAGUCGCAACCACUCGAACAACAUGCGCAGCCUGAGCACCAUCAACCAGGAGGCUGACCUUAUAGAGGAGAUCUCAUCGCACGAGCUGGAGGACGAGGAGAGCAGUCCGGUGACGGUAAUUGAGCAGCAGCAGCCAGCCUCCCACAGCGCCAACUCGACGCAAUCGCAGAAGCCGCAUGCCCGCCAGCAUUCCUUCAGCGACAACCUGGACGAGGACGACUACACCAAUCGCAAUGUGGCUGGGGCAGCUCCAGUGCGUCCCGCCGGCAUGGCCUCGUCGCCCUACAAGGAUGCGACGCUGGACGGCAGCACCAAUGGAACGGGGAACGGGGCUGGCGGGGAAUCGGAGGGUGAUGUCAUCGGGAACAUCGACCAGUUCGUGAUGCAGCCAGCACCGCAGGGAGUCCUCUACAAAUGCCGGAUCACCCGGGAUCGGAAGGGCAUGGAUCGGGGUCUCUUUCCCAUAUACUACUUGCACCUGGAACGGGACUACGGCAAGAAGAUAUUCCUGCUGGGAGGUCGCAAACGCAAGAAGAGCAAGACAUCCAAUUACAUAGUCAGCUGCGAUCCUACGGACUUGUCCCGCAAUGCCGAUGGCUUCUGCGGCAAGCUCCGCUCCAAUGUCUUUGGCACGUCCUUCACCGUCUUUGACAAUGGCAACAAGGAGAGCACGGAGAGUCCUAGACUCGACCUGGCCGUAAUCAUUUACGACACCAACAUCCUGGGAUUCAAGGGACCUCGCAACAUGACUGUUAUACUGCCGGGCAUGACUGAGGACGAUCAGCGUGUCAAGAUCAGUUCAGCGGAUCCCAAACAGCAGGGCAUUCUCGACCUAUGGAAGAUGAAGAACAUGGAUAAUAUUGUAGAGCUGCAUAAUAAGACGCCGGUGUGGAACGACGAAACCCAGUCGUAUGUGCUCAACUUUCAUGGACGCGUCACCCAGGCGUCGGUGAAGAACUUUCAGCUGGUCCACGACUCCGAUCCCGAGUAUAUAGUGAUGCAAUUCGGUCGCACCUCGGAGGACGUCUUCACCAUGGACUAUCGCUAUCCACUGUGCGCCAUGCAGGCCUUUGCCAUAGCCCUCAGCAGUUUCGAUGGCAAAAUAGCCUGCGAGUGAGCUGGCUAGGAUCCUCGGGUUGGCCCGCUGCCUUAUGUACAGCUAUAUUUCUGGAGAUCGGCUACAUUUCAUGCCAGAUCAUUGUUGCAAAUAGUAUCGAAAAUCUAGUCACUCGAAGAAGCCCGUCAUCAAUUUAUGUCGGGAUCGAUAGAACAUCGUUGAUAUAAGAUAUGUAGUAUAUACCAUUAUAUGUCAUUUAUUCAGAAUGUGCUCACCGAUUUUAUAGGAAAUUAUUUAGGACAAGUCCUAUAACUUUGUAAAUCUUAUUGUGCCCCCUAGCUUAGCAUAAGUUUACUUGUAAGCGAACAGAGGUAAAUAUCAUUUAAGGUAAAUAUCAAUUUUAUAAUCAGCAUAUAGCAGCAAAUCAUUGACGAAUGUAAACUAUUAAAAAUGCGGAUACUAUUAGUCUGUAAAAGAUAACUACUUACAUGUGCUAGGCUCUAAAUACACUUAAGCUGCUAUAAAUCAAA